AUGGUAUAUGUUGACAAGGACAUAGAGUCCAAUCUCAAAUAUGCACCAAGGUCUCGCAAUGUGUUUUCAACUGUGAAAUCAACAUUGGUCAAAUAUAGAAAAGUUGUGAUACUGUUGAUAUCUUUGAUAUUUUUAUCGUUAUUCACCGACGUUCCAUUUGUUCCUCAUUUAAAGCUUUCACAACCAAAUGUGGUAAUUAUAUUAGCUGCUAAUGAAGGUGGUGGUGUCUUGAAAUGGAAAGGUGCUCAAGAAUGGUCCAUAGAGAGAUCAUCUAUUGCUAAUAAAAAAGAUUAUGCUAAAAGACAUGGUUAUGAUUUGACUAUUAAAGAUCUAACUGUUAAAAAAAGAUAUAGUCAUGAAUGGAGAGAAAGCUGGGAAAAAGUUGAUAUACUAAAACAAGCAAUGAGACAAUAUCCAAAAGCUGAAUGGUUUUGGUGGUUAGAUUUACAUACAUACAUUAUGGAACCACAACUUUCUUUAGAAGAACAAAUUUUCAGUAAAUUAGAUAAUUUGACUUAUAGACAAUUAACAGAUUUUAACCCAUUACAAUUGAAAACUGAUAUUCCAUAUGUUGAUUAUUCACAACCUAUUGAUUUAUUAAUUACACAAGAUUGUGGUGGUUUCAAUUUAGGUUCAUUUAUCGUUAGAAGAUCACAAUGGACUGAAGCGUUAUUAGAUAUAUGGUGGGAUCCAGUUUUUUAUGAACAAAUGCAUAUGACAUGGGAACAUAAAGAACAAGAUGCUUUAGAAACAUUAUAUAACGCUCAAGCAUGGAUUAGAGAACGUGUUGGAUUUCUUCCUUUAAGAUCAAUUAAUGCAUUCCCACCAGGUGCUUGUUCAGAACAAUCUAAUGAUCCAAGAUAUUUCUAUAGUGAUAAGGAAAGAGAUUUUGUUGUCAAUAUGGCUGGUUGUGAUUGGGGUAGAGAUUGUUGGAAUGAAAUGGAACAUUAUAAAGCUUUAAGUAAAAAAUUACAAAGACCUUGGUAUAAGUUUUGGUGA